UUCUGUUUGUGGCAGGUUGGAUGUAGGUGAAGGAAAAGAGAUUAAUCUUGAGGACCACUGCCCAAGAUGGAAGCUGCUGCAGCAAUGCAUCAGAAAAGCAAAGGGACAUUUCAGCACUCCAGCUUCCUUGCCGGUGGAGCCACAUCUGCUGCCGGGAGAUUAGUCGUCGCGAACGGGAUCCUAAAGGCUGUCUGGCCUCAUAGCAGGCACUACCGGCCCACGGAGGCGAACUUCCGGGAGUUCAUGAAGUAUCUCAGGAAGAGGAACGUCGAUCUCACGGAUGUGAAGUUGAGCCCAACAGAAGGCGAGGAGGACGAAUGGCUGAGGAGCAGCCUCUCCCAGAUGGAUCUUUCUGCUGUGGUCCUUCUUCCGCUACUUAUAUAUGGUUUUAAGCUUGGUAUAACACGAGCCGCAAUUUCUACAGUUGCAUCCCAUACUAUGAGAUUACUGGCUAUUAGCAUACCUACUGAUAUUGUGGCAUUCAGUUUAUUAGUUAUAUGA